UGUGUACUGUCCAGGCUUUUAUAAAUAGACCCCCCUUCCCUCUCGCCGUCUCCACACCACCUCCAACCUCAAAGCACCCCUGAUCUCUCGUCCCUCUCAUUCGUAACACUACUACAGCAAGAACACAAGCUAGGCGCGGUGGGUACGGUGCAAGUGAGCUAGCAGCUCUACCGCCAUGAGGCCAGCAGCAGAGUUCCCGACCAUGAGCCACGGCGCGCCCAUGGGUGCGAACGCGAACGUGCCUCACUCCCCGUGGCAGUCGCCGGUGCCGUACCUGUUCGGCGGGCUGGCGGCGAUGCUGGGGCUCAUAGCCUUGGCGCUGCUCAUCCUGGCCUGCUCCUACUGGAAGCUGUCCGGGUACCUCGACGCCGACCGCGGCCAGCGGGCCGGCUCGUCCGGAGAAGCGGGCGCCGACGGGGAGAAGGGCUCGGCGGCCGGCGCGGCCAGGCCGGCGGCGGGGUUCCAGGAGCACGUGGUGGUCAUCAUGGCCGGCGAGGAGAGGCCGACCUUCCUGGCCACACCGGCUGCCAGCCGUGCGGUCGUGGAGCUCGGGGCCGCGCCGGGCUCCGGCGGCUCGGCCGAGGCGCCCGAGGAGGAGGAGGCCCACGUGGACGGCGACGGCGGCUGCGGCGACUGUGAGCACGAAGUGCCCCGGCUCGGAGCCGACGCCGGCACCGUGAGCCGGAGCAGUGAAGGCACCAGCAGCGCGACGACGGCGCUGGCUGAGUGAUCGCUCGUUUUUUCUCUUCGCAUUUUUCUCCUGCUGGAGUGGUGUGUUAGGUUUAGCUUGUAGUUGUAUAUUCUUGACUUGAUUGGUUCAGACUGAGGGUGAAAUUAAAGAAACUUCAAUGCGAGUUUUGCUAA